AUGCCCUGUCCCGCGGGUCUUGAAUUGCCGACUGACCCCCGUUCUCCAAAGCUGCACCCGAUCAAUAUAUUCAAGCACGAACAGAAGGAGCCGUGGUUUCUCGAAAUCAAUCCCAAUGGCCGGAUUCCCGCUCUCGUCGACGAGGACGAUGAUGGGAAUAAGAUUACGCUUUUCGAGAGCGGCAGUAUGCUGCUGUAUCUCGUGGCCCGGUACGACAAAGACCACAAGGUGUCCUAUCCUUACGACUCUCCCGAAUACUGGGAGACGGUCAAUUGGCUAAUGUGGCAGAUGGGAGGAGUUGGCCCAAUGCAAGGCCAAGCAAAUCAUUUCGCAAGUAUGACGAGCUUGCAGGUGUAUAUUUGUUUGUUUGAAGAUAUGCCUGAUUCGCGUUCUUUCACAUUAGGAAUGGCACCGGAGAAGCACGAGUACGCCAUCGGCCGCUAUGUCAACGAGACCCGCCGUCUGUAUCGCGUUCUCGACACCCAUCUUGAGAAGAGCAACUCCGGCUACGUGGUUGGGGACCGCGUCACGGUUGCUGAUAUCGCCUUGUGGAACUGGGUCGCUGCUUAUAGAUACAGCGGCUUGUCCAGCAUUGAUGAGUUCCCGCAUGUGCAGAAAUGGCUUUACGAACUCUUGAAGCGGCCCGGCUUCGAGGAGGGCAGGAAUGCACCACAGCCGCAUAUCUAUCUGGAACUGAACAAGCUUUCUGACGAGGAGUUGGAUGCGAGGGGGCGUGCUGCUGGGGAUUGGAUCCAGGAGGGUAUGAAGAGGGAUGCGGAGGCCUAA